AUGGCUACCAGCCAGGAAGCAAUGAGCAAAUCGACGGAGAUGGCGCCUGUUCGUCUUCAAAUGCGCACAGGCAAUGCGCCCAAGAACAUGGUCGGCACGUUCGUCCACAUUCUUCGUCACGAUGGUCCUCUCGGUCUUUACAGCGGUAUAUCCGCCUCUCUCUUGCGCCAGAUGACAUAUUCAACCGUGCGAUUCGGUGUCUACGAAGAGGUCAAGACACGUCUUACACGCCGUAACGAAGGUCGUGAUCCAUCUUUCAUGACACUCGUUGCCCUAGCCGCUGGAUCUGGUUUCGUAGGAGGCAUUGCUGGAAACUUUGCCGAUGUUCUCAACGUGCGCAUGCAACACGAUGCUGCGCUUCCUCCUGCUGAGCGCCGAAACUACCGUCAUGCUUUUGACGGUAUGGUCCGUAUGGCGCGUGAGGAGGGGCCCAAGAGUAUGUUCCGUGGAUGGUUGCCCAACAGUGGCCGUGCCAUGUUCAUGACUGCUGGUCAGCUUGCCAGCUACGAUGUCUCAAAGAGUCUGCUUCUCCAGUAUACGCCCAUGGAGGAUAACCUCAAGACUCACUUUACUUCCUCGUUCAUCGCUGGUUUGGUCGCUGCUACUGUAACAAGCCCUAUCGACGUCAUCAAGACUCGUGUUAUGUCUUCAGCAUAUGAUCACAACAUCUUGCACCUGAUUCGCGACAUUCACCGAACUGACGGUCUUAUGUGGAUGUUCAAGGGCUGGGUUCCCAGCUUCCUCCGACUCGGACCACAAACUAUUUGUACAUUUGUCUUCCUAGAGAUGCACCGAAAGGCCUACCGCAAGGUCAAGGGCUUGGAUACUAACCUGUAG